AGGCAGCCCAUAUGAACUGUUUCACAUACAGUCAGUCAGUCGCAGAUGACAACAAAAGAAAAUAAAGCAAAAAGCUAAAGCUAAUUAUAAGCCAUCACUCUCUAAAGAGCUCUCUCUCUCUCUCUCAUUAGAUUAGAGUAGAGAGAGAAGCUAGGGAGACCUCCAUAGCUCGGCUCUCUACUACUUAAAAACACAAGAAGAAAAAACUGCCCCCCAAAAAAGUGAAAAAGGUCGAAAACCCAUUUUGUUCUCUCUCUCAUUACUUGAGCUCUGUUUGAUGAGAUAUUGAGCUCUGUAGAAGAAGAAGAAGAAGACCCCUCCACAUAAUUGCCGAACCAAAACCGACCCAGUGAGUUUUUGGCUCUUCUUUGGUGGUGGUGGUGCUGCUGUUGUCGUUGAGCUAGUGCUUGGGUCGUACGGGAUUUUGCCGUACAAGAUUCGUCUUCUUCGUUUCGUAGCGUCAGAUUUGUUUGAGUCAAAGACUUUUCAUGUGAGACUGAGACUAUUUAUGGUUAAGGGACUAUGGAGUUUAUACCAGAUCCAAAUAUGAUUCCUGGGAAACCUCCUGUUCUUAAUGAGGUAUCAAAUUCACAUCCGCAUUCACAUUCACAUUCACAUUCACAUUCACAUUCACAUCCACAUAAAGCCUGUGAAAGAGAAGUGUGCCAUUUAUCACAUAAACACCCGGCUAUGGUCAGAGAAGCUGCACCAGUAAGAGAAAUGGGUGUAUUGUCAAAUGGACGCUUGGCUUUUCUGACAGAGGAGCUAGCCUCAACAAGAGAAAUGGUUCAGUUAUCAAGAGCACGCUCGGUUUCUUUGAAAGAAGUUGGCAGGCCUGAUAUGCGAGAUUUUCAAGAUUUAGACUUACCUGUGCCUAUAAGAACAUGGAAAGGAAAGGCCUCUCUACCGGAACUGGAGGAUCUUAUGUUUGAGGCUGUUACAUUUAAGGGAACUGGCGAUCAGAUUGAUGACGUUGGUCCUAGUUCUUUCUCUGGGGUUAGUCACCCCCCUGAACCUGUUGAUACUGAUCUAAUGCGGACAGUUUAUGUUCCAAUUGGUCGAAAUAAAUCCGAGGCUGGAUGUUUAAUGAAGAGCAUGUCUAUGAAGGGCCCUUAUCUAGAAGAUCUUUCAAUCCGGGUUCCUCCUAAGAAGCCUAGUUCAGCUGCUCUUUCCCCUGCUGAAAGUUUGGUUGAAGAACCUGCUGACCUGGGUGGAUUGUCUCCACCAUUUUCAGUAGCUCGGGCGUCACAGAACACUGAUAUUUCACUCCCUCCAGAUUCUGAGGAGAAAGAGUGUGUUUGGGAUGCUUCUUUGCCUCCCAGUGGCAAUGUGAGUCCACUUAGUAGCAUUGACAGUACUGGUGUUGUCACUGCAAUGAGUAUUGUCAAUAGCUGUGCUAGUACUUAUCGAAGUGAUGCCAUCACUAGUGAUGGUAUGCUUAGUAUAGAGAGGAAUUGUGAGAGCACCAAGUGCAGCGUUAGAGGGGAUUCGCUUGAAAGCGCUAAAACUAGUGUUAGUCGAGCAAGUGAUAGCAGUGGCCUUAGUGAUGAUAGUAAUUGGAGUAACAUUACUGGAAGUGCAAAUAAGCCACACAAAGGAAAUGAUCCAAGGUGGAAGGCUAUUCUUGCCAUACGAGCUCGUGAUGGAAUUUUGGGCAUGAGUCAUUUUAGAUUACUGAAACGACUUGGUUGUGGUGACAUUGGUAGUGUGUAUCUUUCAGAACUUAGUGGCACACGUUGUUAUUUUGCAAUGAAAGUAAUGGACAAGGCAUCCCUUGCUGCUAGGAAGAAGUUGACUAGAGCUCAGACAGAAAGAGAAAUAUUACAACUGCUCGACCAUCCAUUCCUGCCUACUUUGUAUACCCAUUUUGAGACAGAUCGAUUCUCCUGUCUGGUAAUGGAAUAUUGUCCUGGUGGUGAUCUGCACACUUUGAGGCAACGACAACCUGGGAAACAUUUCUCUGAGUAUGCUGCACGAUUCUAUGCUGCAGAGGUUCUCUUGGCACUUGAGUAUCUUCACAUGCUCGGAGUUGUCUACAGAGACUUGAAACCUGAAAAUGUGCUUGUACGUGAUGAUGGCCACAUAAUGCUUUCUGACUUUGAUCUUUCCCUUCGAUGUGCUGUUUCACCAACAUUAAUAAAAACCUCAUUUGAUUCUGACCCUUCGAAGAGAGCAGCUGGUGGAGCAUUCUGCGUUCAGCCUGCCUGUAUCGAACCCUCAUCAGCAUGCAUCCAGCCUGCUUGUUUUAUCCCCAAGAUCUUCCCUCAAAAGAAUAAAAAGAAAACCCGAAAAACUCGGGCUGAUUUUGGCUUUCCUGCAAGUGCACUUCCGGAGCUUGUUGCAGAACCUACAACGGCUCGUUCCAUGUCCUUUGUUGGCACCCAUGAAUACCUUGCCCCAGAAAUUAUCAAGGGGGAAGGCCACGGCAGUGCGGUCGAUUGGUGGACAUUUGGCAUAUUCUUGCAUGAAUUGCUUUAUGGUAAAACACCUUUCAAAGGUUCAGGAAACCGUGCCACAUUGUUCAACGUGGUCGGACAGCAACUCAGAUUUCCUGAUUCACCAGCAACUAGUUAUGCAAGCCGGGAUCUGAUCCGAGGUUUGCUGGUAAAGGAACCCCAACACCGGCUUGGGGUGAAAAGAGGUGCUACUGAGAUCAAGCAGCACCCUUUCUUUGAAGGAGUGAAUUGGGCUCUAAUACGAUGUAGUACUCCACCAGAAGUGCCAAGACCCAUGGAGGCUGAGCUUCCUGGGAAGUAUGGUUCUGUUGAACCGAUUGGGGUAGGAAGCACCAGUAAGAGGAUGGUUGGGGGUGGCGGGGUAGGGGGUGGUCCGGGAGGAGACAUGAAAUCUGGUGGUAAAUUUCUCGACUUCGAAUUCUUCUAGUUUUUGGAUUGGAGGAUUUUUGUGCCAUGUUCUAUUAGUACUGUCAAGUUUAUCUGCAAGAGUAUGUCUCAUUACUACUGUGUUCUGCUAAUGAACUUAAGCUCAUCUUACCUCCUAAAAGAAAAUUCCAUUUCAAUUGGGAAACUAGCAGGACUUUUCAAAUCAUUUUGGAUAACACCAAUUAUAGUGCACUAAGUAGAAAAAUUCAUUCUCUCUUUAAGUAACUAAUCCAAGAUUGCAAUUUAAUGAACAGUUUUUUUUUGUUUUU